AUGAAGGUGGCCUUCAGAUUGCUUUUCCCGCUUGUUCUUGUGCUGAUCUCGGAGGUGAGCGGGCAGCGGAGGAAACCUCCCCGGAAACCCACCCGCCCACCUCCCGAGUUCGUUGAGCCCGUCGAGCCCACAGAGCUGCCCCCGCCCCUGCCGCCAGUCAACCUAGACAACAAUCGCAUCCGGAAGGUGGACAGGCGGGUCCUGGAGGAGCUGGAAAACCUCAUCUUCCUCUACAUGGAGAAGAACCAGCUCAAGGAGGUGCCUGCUUUCCUGCCGCCCAACCUGGAGCAGCUGCGUUUGAGCAGGAACCAGAUCUCCAAGAUCCCUGCUGGGGUCUUCAACAAGCUGGAGAAUCUGGUGCUCUUGGACCUGCACCACAACAAGCUAAGCGAUGGGGUCUUCAACAAAAACACCUUCAAGGGACUCAAAAACCUCAUGCAACUCAACCUGGCCCACAACAUCCUGAGGAAAAUGCCCCCCGGGGUGCCCAGUGCCAUCCACCAGCUCUUUCUGGACAGGAACAACAUUGAAGACAUCCCCAGUGACUACUUCAAGGAGUUCCCCAACCUGGCGUUCAUCCGGCUCAACUACAACCAGAUCUCUGACAAGGGGCUGCCCAAGAACUCCUUCAACCUCACCAACUUGCUGGUGUUGCACCUGGCCCACAACAAGCUCACCAACGUCCCUUUCAUCAGCCCCAAGCUGGAGCAUCUCUACCUGAAUAACAACUCCAUUGAAAAAAUCAACGGGACGCAGAUCUGCCCCACCUCGCUGAUGUCCAUCCAGGACUUCUCCCCCUCCGACCUGGACAGUGUGCCCCGGCUCCGGUACCUGCGGCUGGACGGGAACCUCCUGAAACCCCCCAUCCCCUUGGACCUGAUGAUGUGUUUCCGCCUCCUGCAGUCCGUGGUUUUCUAGCCCUGCCCGGCAGCGCGCCUCUCCCAGGACUUGGCUUUGCACAGAGCCUCGACCCCCAUCGCUGUUCGACACGUGGGACCCUCUUUGCCUCCCUCUCCCCCUGCUCACACCCUGCCUCCAUCCCUCUUGCCUUUCCCCCUUUCCUCCCCUGCAGUGG